UCCACCCUCCCACCUCCCGCCUCCUCCCCAAUUCCUCACGAGUUACGACCAACGAGCAGAUACACACACACACAGACACACGGAGAAGACAGGAAGAUAGCGACCCUCCAAAAUGCGUUUCGGCAAAACCCUGCAGUCGUCCGUGUACCCGCCGUGGCGCGACCACUACAUAGACUACAGCAAGCUCAAGCAGCUUUUGCGCGAAGUCUCGGACAGCGACGAGUCGGCGGGCUCCGGCGGCGUCGGGGGCGACGAGCGCGAGUGGACCGACGAGGACGAGUCGCGCUUCGUCGACGAGCUGAUCAAUGUGCAGCUCGAGAAGGUGCACCGGUUCCAGCGGGAAAUGAAUACCGCGCUUAAUGAGCGCACGGCGAGGUGUGAGCAGCGCCUCGAGAAGUUCGUGGGAGGCGGCGACGGUGAGGAGAGAAGAAAGGAGGCCCUCGAGAUCAGUCUUAAGGAGCUGGAUGGCAUCACGAAAGAUAUCAAUGAGCUGGAGAGGUUCUCGAGAAUUAAUUUCACGGGGUUUUUGAAGGCCGCGAAGAAGCAUGAUCGGAGAUCGAGAGGCGCGGGAUCCGGCGCGAAAGGGAAGGGCAAGGCUGGGGAUCCGAAGGUGAAGCCGUUGUUGCAGGUGCGGCUGAGCCAUCUGGAAUUCAAUAAGGAGGAUUACAGUCCCCUGCUCUACAGGCUAUCGACCAUGUAUGAUUUCGUCCGGCGCUCGCUCAACGAGGAGCAAGUCGAGGGCUUCGAGCAGAAUUCAUCGCCGCAUCCGGGGAAUAAUCCCAACAACAAGAAGUAUACGUCGCUCAAAUUCUGGGUGCACCCCGACAACAUCAUCGAAGUCAAGACCUUCAUCCUGCGGCGGCUGCCAGUGCUGGUGUACAAUCCGCAGCGCUCGAAGGAACUGGAAACCAAUGGCAAGGACCCGACCAUUACGUCGCUCUACUUCGAUAAUCCCAGGUUCCAGCUGUACACCGAUAAGGUGUUGAAGACUAACGAUGCUUCUUCGCUGCGUUUGCGGUGGUACGGACAGCUCGCCGAGGCGUCGGAGAUCUUCUUGGAGCGAAAGACUAUCCGCAAUGGUGCCGAUGACUCCGAGGGUGCCAUCGAGGAGAGGAUCGCGCUCAAGGAGAAGUAUGUCAAUGACUUCCUUAAGGGCGAAUACUCGCUCGAGAAGAAGGUGCAGAAGCUCAAGGACCGAAAUGCCGACGAAGAGGCAGAGAAGUACCGCAGUCUGGUCUGCAGCAUCCAGAACCAGAUCCAGGACUACGAUCUGCAGCCCGUGCUCAGAGCAUCAUACACGCGCACAGCGUUUCAGAUCCCCGGCGACGAUCGCAUCAGAGUCAGUCUUGACACGGAGCUGGCGUUGAUUCGCGAGGAUGCCCUGGACAGCAAUCGGCCGUGCAGGGAACCGGACAACUGGCACCGUCGCGACAUCGACGAGGCAAGGAUGGACUACCCAUUCUCGAGCCUUAGAACGGGCGAAAUAUCGCGAUUCGGAUACGCCCUGCUCGAGAUCAAGCUGCGCGAGAGCGAAUUGCACAAGCGCACGAACGAGUGGGUGCAGGAACUCAUUUCUUCGCAUCUUGUCCACGCGGCACCUAGGUUCUCGAAGUUUUUGCAUGGAGUUGCUGUCCUGUUCGAUGACUACGUCAACAGUUUUCCGUUCUGGCUCGGAGAGAUGGAGGAGGAUAUCCGGAAGGACCCCCGAAAGGCCUGGGAUGCCGAGCAGGAGCGCAAGAAAAAGCAGAUUGAGGCCGAGACUGCCGUUGGCAGUUUCCGUACCACUGUGCGCGACUUCGGUGGCAGAGGUGCGACGCCUCCGGCUGGCGGCCACAGUUACAAAGCCACUCCGCCCCAGGCUUCGGGGACACCCGAUAGAUUCCCCAAGACGGCUCCUCAGGGUUCUUACGAUACCAGGAUGUUGCCCAGUGAGGAUGUAGUCGAGGUGGCCGAAGAGGACGAAGAGGACCACGACGAUAACGAGGACUCGGAUGAAGAAGACGAGGAGGAAGCGCCUCGCGAUUCGACCACCACGCUCGAUGGCCUGCGUCAACUGUUCCCCUCGUUCUCGUCAUCCCGGUACGGUCGCGCGCACUCUGGCCGCCGAGACGUGGUCCUGCCCGCUGGCGUGCACAAGCCGCAGCAAUUGCUCAUGUAUUCCGGCGAGGUCAAGGUGGAGGCCAAGGUAUGGUUGGCGAACCAACGCACGUUCAUCAAGUGGAUGCACAUUGUUGUCCUGCUCGCGUCGCUCAGUGUUGCGCUCUCCAACGCCGCAGAAGCGGACAACACCACGGCGAAGUACAUCUCCAUGGCCUACACGGCCAUCGCGCUCUUUGCUGGUGUGUGGGGGUGGGCCAUGUACAUGUGGAGGAGCACGUUGAUUCGCCAACGGAGCGGGAGGGAUUUCGAUAGUGUUUUUGGACCCGUGGUUGUGUGCAUUGCGCUUGCGGUUGCGCUGGUCGCCAAUUUCGUCUUCAAGUACCAAGCGGUUGCGAGGAAAUCUCGUGGCGGCGAUGUUCAUGGGAAUGAAACGAUUGGGUAUGGCAUGGACGAUGACUUGAUGAUGAUGAUGGGACAGGAGUUGUGAAGUGUUUUUGAGGACGACGAAUUAGUUUUAGCAGGUGGUGGGAAUGGGGUUGGCACGACACAUGGCGGACAGUGUAUUGUAUCCGAGGAUGUGCGGUGGCAUUUGAAAUUGAACUGGCCCAUUGUGAUGGCGAUGAUGAUCGCGAUGAAGCAAUUGGGCUUUGGUG